GCUGAAGCUGCUGAGCUGCAGAUCUUCAGUCUGAACAGAGAGACCGAGCAUCACUGCAGGGAACAGAGUCUACCUCACCACAGUGUCCUUGAUAGAAAUCAGCAGCAGCAGGAUGACUCUAGCAGCAUACAGAGAGAAGAUGCGAGAGCUCCCCCUGGUGUCUCUCUUCUGCUCCUGCAUCCUCCCUAAAUUCAAAGAGACCACAGCCGAUAAGAAUGAAGGCGUGGUGGACUUGAACUUAUGCAACAUCCGGGACAUGGAGGUGAUCGAGCUGAGCAAAAGGGCGAGCGGCCAGGCCUUUGAGGUCAUCCUGAAGCCACCAACCUUUGAUGGUGGCCCUGAGUUGAGGGCGACCACACCACCUCGUGGGAAACCCUCACUGGAAGAGAUCCAGAAGAAACUGGACGCGGCACAGGAGAGGAGGAAGUGUCAGGAGGCGGAGCUGCUGAAACACCUAGCCGAGAGGAGGGAGCAUGAGCGUGAAGUCGCUCAGAAAGCUCUGACCAAAGAGCGUCAGGAGCAUCGCGCCGAUGCCGACAAGGAACAGAGGCAGAUGCACUUGAAUGCCUCACAGGAGCGGCUGCAGGAGGAGGACAAGCACAGUGUGGAGGUGUCUUGAUGGCCUGAUCACAACACAAGCUGAACUUCAUUUGGAAGCCAUUUUGGAGGGCUGAUGGGUGCCGUAAACCAGGCGCUGCCCUGACUUGGAGAUUGACAGGAAGCGACUCUGAAAAGAGUGAGAGAAGAAGACAAAGAGGAGGACUGAGGGCGAGGGGAACGUCCUCUGUAAUAACAGGACUCUUCUUAACGUGAUGAACUCUUUCUUACGAGAAAACUUGUGGAACUGAUGAUGCCGCAGAUUCAGUCAUCGAUAGAUGGAUCACAGGGGGUUUAACUGUGUUUGUUACCCUGCCAACAGUGCCAUUGUGUUUAUGUAUGAGUGGUUAUGUAUGCAUGAAGGAUUCGACAUCUUCACAACCAAAUACAACCGGAACUGAACCCAAAGGAACCCUUACUUAAAAAGGAACUAAGUUUAUACAAUUUGCACUGGGACAUUUGAACUUCUACUCUCAUGUCACAGAGAGAAAAAUGGGCUGAACUUCCUCUGAGGGUGCCAAGAGAAUUGGAAAAAAAAUGGGGUAGCCUCUACUUCCUGGAGCUAACCUGAGUCAAGUGGCUUCAACGACUGGACUGUUGAGGUUUUUGCAUUGCCAGUAAAACGGAACAUCAAACAGAAAUGUUUGAUCCGAAUGAGAUAACAAAGUGAGCCUCUGAGAAAGUACCUCAAAUCCAGCAAGUGAGCCUCGUCCUCACAGAAACACAGUCAAGACUAUGAAGACCAGUCAGAGACUAGUCCGAGCAGUUUUGAGUAAAAAUGGGGUCCUUGCACAGAUCAAGACCAGUAGAAUAGGGGAAAUAUCGACUUGAAUUUGUUGGGAUGUAAUAUUGAUGUAAAAGAUAAAAACUGAGUUAGAGACAGUAAAAAUAAAAAGUGCAGACGAGUGACAUCCGCCAUCAGACCUUGAACUAGGUCAGUUUAAAAUGUUUAGUCCAAUCCCACGCUGAGGAGAAGUCAUACCCAAAAAGACCAGUCAGAUUAAACAGGGACAGAAACAGAAACAGAGACAGUGGCGGAGACAAAGCCCUCAUGACAUUACUUGUGUACUACUGUCCUUCUUUCAUAACCCGCAUAUUUCAUUUUCCAGUUUCUGCAUUUGGUUUUGUCUCGUAUUUCCUAAAUCAGGAAAAUAAUUAGCAUGUUAGCAUCGAUGCUACCAGCUGCAGUUAUAAAUGUCUGCAUUUCUUUCUUGUGUAAACUGGAUGAUAGGACAAUAUGAGUCCUGCUGCAAGAUGUUAGCACAGAUAUUUUGCUAUGCUACAUCAACAACAAACAGAUAGCUAGCUCAUGCAGACAUUAGCUAUACUACAGGCUACAUACAGGACGCCUCCUCCCCCGAACAUGAAACCCUGAAUGACUUUUACAGAUGAAAAAGUGAGAAUUGACUGUGUACAUUGUUUACAGAUGUUUGUGUGUGUCAGUCUGUUUCCCUGGCAACGUCGAUGUAAAUAAGUCAGGGUGAUGAUGAUGAUGUACAGAAAUAGCAUUAUAUUUUAAAAUCAAGAAUAAAACAAUGACACUUUA